AGAUCAGGUUCUGCAAAUUGCCCUAAGAUGUCCUUUAAUGAGCAGCAGUGCAAGCAGCCAUGUGUGCCUCCUCCAUGUCUUCAAAAGACACAAGAGCAGUGCCAGGCAAAGGCUGAGGAGGUGUGCCUCCCCCCAUGCCAGGACACCUGCCAAGAGAAGUGCCCAUUGCAAGCUCAGGAGGUGUGUCUUCCUCAGUGCCAGGAGUUAAACCUAGAAAACUGCCCACAGCAAUGCCAAGAUCCAUGCCUACCUCCAUGCCAAGACCAAUGCCCACCUCAGUGUGUGGAGCCAUGCCAAGAGAUAUCUCAGGCAAAAUGUGUGGAGGUUUGCCCACCAAAAGUCCAGGAGAAGUGCUUACCCCCUGGCAAGGGGAAGUAG